GGCAGCAGCAGCAGCCGCGCUAGCUGUCUGCGCCUUAAAUAGGAUCCAGCUCAAGGACUGGCAGACAGUAACUAACUGUGCUGACUGCCGGCUGGGCGGGCUCGGCCUAGGGACAACAAGAAUCUGGCCAAAGGAACAACCACAGCGGGGCAAUGCAGGCUCAUGAAUUGUUUCGAUACUUUCGUAUGCCAGAAUUAGGGGAUUUCCGACAAUAUGUGCGCACUCUCCCAACCAACACACUCAUGGGCUUUGGCGCUUUUGCUGCACUCACCACUUUCUGGUAUGCCACAAGACCCAAGGCUCUGAAGCCCCCGUGUGACCUCUCCAUGCAGUCUGUGGAAGUAGAGGGCAGCGAUGGUGCCAGAAGAUCUUCAAUGCUCGAUAGCGACGAACCGUUGUCAUUUUUCUAUGAUGAUGUAACAACACUAUACGAAACUUUCCAGAGGGGUAUACAGGUGUCAAAUAAUGGCCCUUGUUUAGGCUCUCGGAAACCUGAUCAACCAUAUGAGUGGAUUUCAUAUAAAGAGGUUGAAGACAAGGCUGAGUGUGUGGGCUCAGCAUUGAUCCAGAAGGGUUACCGACCAUCGCCAGACCAGUAUUUUGGCAUCUUUGCUCAAAAUAGACCUGAGUGGGUGAUCAUCGAACAGGGUUGCUAUACAUACUCAAUGGUGGUGGUCCCUCUUUAUGAUACCCUUGGAAAUGAAGCGAUCACAUACAUAAUUAACAAAGCUGAACUGUCUUUGGUUUUUGUUGAUAAGCCAGACAAAGCAGAGCUCAUGUUAGAAUCUGUAGAAAACAAGCUAAUCCCAGGCCUUAAAACCAUAGUCAUCAUGGACCCCUUUGACAGGGACCUCGUGGAACGAGGCAAGAAUCAUGGGAUAGAAAUAAUGAGCAUGAAAUCACUGGAGGACCUGGGAAGAGCUAACAGGAGGAAACCGAAGCCUCCAUCGCCUGAUGACCUUGCCCUGAUUUGUUUCACCAGUGGGACAACAGGCAACCCCAAAGGAGCACUGAUCACUCAUCAAAAUGUAGUGAGCGAUUGUUCGGGUUUUGUGAAAGCGACAGAGAAAGCACUUCAGUUGAACUCCAGUGAUUCACAUAUUUCAUAUUUACCACUGUCUCACAUGUUUGAGCAGUUAAUGCUGUGUGUAAUGCUCUGUCAUGGAGCUAAAAUAGGAUUUUUCCAAGGAGAUAUCCGGUUACUUAUGGACGAUCUCAAGACGCUACAACCCACCAUCUUCCCUGUGGUUCCAAGAUUGCUGAACCGGAUGUUUGACAAAAUUUUUGGACAGGCCAACACAACAAUGAAACGGUGGAUCCUGGACUUUGCUUCCAAGAGAAAAGAGGCAGAACUCCGAAGUGGAAUAAUUAGAAACAACAGCCUCUGGGACAAAAUUAUUUUCAACAAAAUUCAGGCAAGCCUUGGAGGAAAAGUCAGGUUAAUGGUUACUGGAGCAGCUCCUGUAUCAGCAACUGUUCUGACUUUUCUGAGGUCAGCACUUGGAUGUCAGUUCUAUGAAGGCUAUGGACAAACAGAAUGUACAGCUGGAUGUUCCUUGACAGUGCCGGGAGACUGGACAGCUGGCCAUGUUGGCGCUCCAAUGCCUUGCUGUCAUAUAAAGCUUGUUGAUGUUGAAGAAAUGAAUUACCUGGCUGCCAAGGGAGAAGGUGAGAUCUGUGUAAAAGGGCCAAAUGUAUUUAAGGGCUAUUUGAAGGACCCAGCAAAAACAGCAGAAGCUCUAGAUAAAGAUGGCUGGCUGCACACAGGAGACAUUGGGAAAUGGUUACCAAAUGGUACCUUGAAGAUCAUCGACAGGAAAAAACAUAUAUUCAAGCUGGCACAAGGGGAAUACAUAGCGCCUGAGAAAAUUGAAAAUAUCUACCAGCGGAGUGAGCCUGUUGCCCAGGUGUUUGUACAUGGGGAAAGCUUACAGGCAUUCCUCAUAGCAAUCGUGGUACCAGAUGUGGAGGUGCUCUGUUCCUGGGCCAAAAAGAAGGGCAUCAGUGGAACCUAUGAAGAAUUAUGCAGAAGUAAGGAUGUCAAGAAAGGAAUCUUAGAAGACUUCGUGAGGCUUGGGAAGGAGGCUGGUCUAAAGCCAUUUGAGCAGGUCAAAGGUAUCGCUCUUCACAUGGAAUUAUUCAGCGUGGAGAACGGCCUUCUGACCCCGACGCUGAAGGCGAAGAGACCCGAGCUCCGGAAAUACUUCAGGUCACAGAUAGAUGAACUCUAUUCCACCAUUAAGAUUUAAUCUUGAGGACGAUAGCUUGGAAAAAGAAAACCGCACACCUCAAAAGACCUACUUCUACUGUUGGCCUUCAUAUUGGUAAUUUGGACUCCAGCAAACAUAGGGAAGGAAACUGUGCAAUGUUUUGACUUGUUUGGACAGAUGGGGUUCUUGCCAUAGGAAUUUUGAAGGAAACAGAACACUGCCUUACUGUCACCUUGUGUUGCUGACCAUUUUGUGGUGAUAUACAAUUUCCAAAAUGAGCCUUAAAUUGUAAAGGGCAACUGUAUACCUGAUAAGUUAUUUGGGACUUCCUCAGCCAAAAAGGUGGGUGUUGACUCUUCUCUCCUGAUCCUGGCCAGUGAGCUAGGGCUUCCCUGUCUCUGAGAGGUCAGGUGUUUGCUACGUUCUCUACAGUUGUCUACUCCGAAGGGUACGUUAGUACGCCGGAGGAAAAGGAUCCUUUUUAAAAAAUGACAAACACACCCAGACAGGAGCGAGGUUUACCAGAAUUCAUCCAAACAUUAUUUAAGCCCCCUCUUCUGCUCACCCUUCUCUGAAUGAGAGUUGUGAAGCUUUCUCUCCCUUUAUGCCCUCCACCCUGGGUUACCCUAACCCAGAAAAAAAAGAAAUCUUUGAACUGUACCGUUUUGAACUUAAGGUUCACCGUAAAUCAGGACAAAUACAACCGAGCAGAUUGAGGGUCACGGAGGAGUGCCCUGCAGAAUGUGGAUUCUAAUGAAUGCAAAGCAGAAUGCUACCAAGAGAGUGUUUUCCAGAUCUGUCUCCUUCCCGUCCCUCCCUCCGGUCCUUCCAUGGGUCAUUAACAAAUCUGCCUUAGACUCUGGACACUGAAGACAAGAAUUUCAAGGAUACAUACACCAUGCGAGCAGGAUCAGCCCAGCCCAGCUGUGAUGAUAACCUGAUAACCGUACACCUGAUCUCUACACUGCACUAGCCACUCUUUCAGUAUAUGGCCAAUGGGUUUUUAAUGUAGUUUUCAUAUCAGAAUAUCAUGCCGUGAUUAAUGCUUUAUUUGUUUCCCAGAAUAAACUGUCUUGUACCAAACAUAUCACGUAGAAGGCUAGAGGGAGCGGGUAUACUUGAAUACUUUUUAGUUGAAGUGGAGGGUAAUAAUGGACAGAAAUGAGCUCACCUCAGAAGUCUAUUCAUGAUUUCUAAAAAAUGUAUUCAACAAACCAGAACAAAUGCUAGCUAAUAGGGGAAUGUGUAAAUCUAGGGGGAAAGUCAGUUUUUCCUCAGAGUAACUCCUGAGGGGUUUUUAGUCUAAUUGGGGAAAUUGGCGACAUUGCAAUUUAUUUCAGAUUUUGACCACAUUUGACCGAAUUAAGUUGUCACUUUUAAAUGAUUCAGUUUUUGUUUUUGUUUUUGUUUUUUUUUUGGAUACAUGGGAUUAUAUGUGAUAUUCAAGCACAACAAGGUUUGCACUAGACAUGUCAUUGUGAUAACACUAUUUGGUAGCCUAACUUCAUAAUGUGCGCUCUUAAUUGCACAAAUCUCUAAAUCGGUAAUUUGUCACAUCGGAGUUUUGGAUGUUUGCUUUCAGUGUUGGCUAUUUCUAUGUUUUAUAAACCAAAACAGAAAUUUCCAAAAAACAACGAAGGAAACCAAAAUAAAUAUUUCUGCAUUUCA